AGUGAACUGACUGCUCAAACAAAUGUUUUUCUCGUUUCAUUUCACAGGAAAAAGGUGCACAAACAUCUGCUGCAGCUUCCAGACUCCUGCUGCUUUAAUAAUCUGCUGGUCAAGUCUGAUGCGACGGGACUUCAGCUUCUUCUGCUUCCUGCAAGAAAACAUGCAGUCAUGAUGGAAACCUGAAUAGAGAGAUCUGUUCUGCUGCUGGACCUGAAACUUCCCAUAUUCCAGUUAUCUACGUAUGUUGUCCAGUUUCACGAUGGCGGACAAACUGAUUUACCUCAUCAUAACGAACCCGGGUGUAUGUUUAAACGUGUUGAAGGAAAUUGUAACCUGGAGUUUUCUGGAUAUACAGCUUCAAUGGAUUUAUCACCAACAUUCGCUAUUUUGGGAGCGUCUGAUCAGGAGCGGACCAGUGUGAUCGAACAGCUGGUAGGUGGGCGUAACUCGUCAGGGAGCUCAGCGGAUGGAACUGCAAAUCCCGUACUUCGCAUGGAGUGUCCAGACAGCAGGAGCCUAGGAAUCACAGAAAGGUACAGGACAGCUAAAGAGAAGACGAAGCUCAGGAUUGUUCUACUGGGGAAAACUGGAGUCGGCAAAAGUUCAUCAGUAAAUACCAUCUUAGGGAGGAAAGCUUGUAUGGCUGAAAGUCAUUCCUCUCUGACAUCGAGUUAUAAUUUUUGUUAUGAAAGUCAUGACUUAAAUCAUGAUUUAAGUCUGACUGUUAUUGAUACUCCAGGCCUGUUUCAGACACACAAAAGUAAUGAAGAGAUUUUGGGAGAGAUUGGUAAAAGCAUCAACAUGGCGGCUCCUGGUCCUCAUGUGUUUCUGAUUGUGCUGCAACUGAUCAGAUUCACACCAGAAGAUAAAGAAACCAUGGAAAUAAUCAAGAAGUUGUUUGGAGAAGAAGCAGCCAGAUACACUAUGAUCCUGUUUACCCAGGGAGAUGCGCUGAAAAUGGUAAACAUUAAAAUAGAAGAUCUGUUAGAAAAAUCCGAGCCUCUAAAACGCUUAAUCAAUCAGUGCUCCAGCUUGGAGAAAUUUGAAGAGAAAUAUCAUGUCUUUGACAACAAUGUUAAGGAUCCUGCUCAAGUCAGUGGACUGCUGCAGAAGAUCAACAGACUGGUUAAGGAAAAUGGAGGAAGAUGCUACACCAAUGAAAUGUUUGAAGAGGCACAAAGAGAAAAACAAGAAGAAAUUAAACAACAUCUCAGAGCAGUGAGAGAGAAGAGAUGUGUUCUACAGUGAUAAAACAUCCGCAGCAUUCAUCCUCUGCUGGUUUGGCUGCAGUUUAUUAAACCCCAACGUUCAUGAAUAACAAAAAUAUUUACCAGCAUAAACAGAUAUUUGAUUAUCCUGUUAAAUAUUUACUGAAAUAUCUGAGCAGCUGAGCUGAGGAAGGAGGAGCCAUGAUGUCGUUAUUUUGAGAUUGUUGGUUUGAUUCCUGACUUCCCUCAGUCACGUCUUAGACUGUCAACCAGACAGUGAAUGAAUCUGCAAACAUCUGAAUAUGACUUUUACUGUACAGGAGUAGAAACAAAUACAAUUUAAAUGAACAACACAUUAUCGUAAGCUGCAUAUUUAUCUGAGUUUAGAAAAAUGUCUGAGUAAUUAUUGAUUUAUCUGGUGUUAUUAUCUCUUGAAUGGUGUAAAACACAUUUUCACAGCUGUUGACAGCAAAUCAAGAAGGGACAGUUUACCCCAAUCCCAUGAACAAAACACUAGUCAACAAUAACAACAAAUCUGCUGGAGCAUAAGUGUAUUGUUGUUGUUGUACUCUCUAC